AUGAUCCAAAUACUAUUUAUAUCUUCCAUCGCUGUCCAAGUGAUUUUUGGGGCUGAUCCGCUUACCGAUCGGGUUCGGACGCUGCCCGGGCUCUCCUUUCAAAUUGACUACGAUGUGUACUCCGGAUAUUUGAAGGGGAAUGUGAACGGCACGUGGAAGAUGCACUAUUGGCUGAUAGAGUCGAAGGACAAGCCGAACAGUGAUCCGUUGCUCAUCUGGUUUAACGGAGGGCCCGGCUGCUCGUCAUUUGGCGGCGCAUUCGAGGAAAUGGGUCCUUUCUACGUGGAUAACGACGGAUUUCGGUUGUAUGAGAAUAAGUAUGCAUGGAAUGCGCGAGCCAACCUGCUCUUCAUCGAAUCGCCUGUCGGUGUCGGCUUCUCGUAUAGCACCGACGAUUUCCACUACGCCGAGGCCAACGACGAUCAGACGACCGCCCAGAACUAUAUGGCGCUCAAGGAUUUUUUCGCAAGCUUCACCGACUACAAGAACCGAAAAUUCUUUCUGUCCGGCGAAUCUUACGCCGGUGUCUACGUGCCGACGUUGACGCUAGCCUUGGCUCGGGGCAUCAAUAAUGGCGAUUUUCCGAAUUCGAAUUUUCAGGGCUCAAAUAUUGGGAACGGCUACAUGCACGUGGAGUACCUCUACAAUUCGCAAGUGGUGUGGUCGGCCUACCAUGGGAUGGUGUCGAUGGAGAACCUGAGGUUUCUGAAAGCCAACUGCACCUCGCGCGCUACCGUCAUUGGCGACCUCGAAACGUACAGUUUUGUCGAUUACAUGACGACCGAGGGUCAUUUGGAGUACGAAUCGGACGGAUCGGCGUGCGGGGACGUGAUUGAGCGCCUUGUCAACAUGCCGGAUAUGGAAGACGAGUACAACUACUACCAGGAUUGCUAUGUCGACCCUCCCCUUUUUGCAACCCUUCCUCAAAGACCGAAGCGGAUGCAGCGCAGGAAGAAUCGAGCCCGCAAGCAGGCGCUCAACGGAAUUUUUGACAAGAAUGCAGAUUCUAGCGGAAAUCCAGCCACAAAAUUCAACUACAUCUCGACGGACGGGGAAUGGGGGUACCCGUGCUGGAAUGAUGUGCUGCUGACCGUGUGGGCCAAUCGGAAAGACGUGCAGGAAGCGCUCCACAUCGACGUGGCGUGGCGGGCCACGAACUUGACGUGGCAAGAUUGCAACGAUCCAAUGUACGACGCAUACAACGUGACAUACACCGACCUAACGACCAUCUUUGAAGAUUUCCUAAAAGAGAACCGCAACCCGAAUUUCCGCUUCUUAAUCCAUAAUGGGGAUGUGGACACGAUCUGCAACUAUUUGGGCGAAGCGUGGUUUAUGCGGCGGCUGGCUGAGCGGAAUGCGAUGGAGGCUUCACCCCGCAGGCAAUGGUUCUUCUCGGAUCAGACAGCCGGCUUCGUGCAGCGAUUCACGCACGGCAGCGGCGUUAUUUUUGACUUGAUGACGGUAAAGGGAGCCGGCCACUUCCCGGCAACCGAUCGCCCGGGGCCAGCCCGGCAAUUGAUCACAAACUUCAUGUGGGGCCCCGCGCCCACGGGCCCUGAUUAUAACUCUACAGCGGGCCUGAAGUUGAUGCCCACGUUUGCGCCGUUAUUGGGUGAAGCCACUUCUGAUGCGCCCUCGACGACAUCAGGUUUGACGCCAACGACGUCGAAGCUAACGACAACUCGAGUAAAAAUGAUCCAGAGCGGAAUGGCCGCUCAGGAGAUUCGGCGCCAGGAGACGCGCGAGGUCCGCCAAACUGACACGAUGCGCUCCAAGAAGAGCGAAUCGUUCAUGGACAAGCUAUCCGGCACGCUCGGCCGUAAGAAGAAGCCGGAGCCGACGGAGGGCGGGGCGCCACACCACGAGGGCGACCACCGCGAGAACGAGCACCAGGAAAUGAUCCAGAAUCGCCCUGACGACGCGUUCCCAAUAAAACCGAAAUUGGACGGGAUCGUGUACGAGCACGAGGGCCGCGAGGCGCUCGACUACGCCCUUAUCCCGGCAAUUUCCAAGAAAAUCGAGAUUGAGGAAGGGGCAGAGCGACGUUUCUUGACCCGCGAAUCGAGCGAAGACUCGCGGAUUCACGAGGUGAUCCGGCUCCUCCUGGGCUGGAUCAACGAUGAAGUGGCCGGGGAGCGCAUCGUCGUCAAGAACAUCCAGGAUGACAUCUACGACGGCCAGGUCCUUCAGAAGCUCAUCGAGAAGCUGGCGGAUAUUAGGAUCGAAGUGCCCGAGUUCUCGCAAUCCGAGGAGGGCCAAAUCCAAAAGCUUGAGAUUGUCGUCUCGACGGCCAAUCGGCUGCUCACCCCCGGGCAAUACGAGAACCCAAAAUGGACGCAUCAGAUGAUCCACCAGAAGGAUAUCGUCGCCAUCAUCCAGCUGCUCGUGUCGUUGGCCGUCUUCUUUCGGGCGCCCGUACGAUUCCCCGAGCAUGUCAGCGCCCAGGUGAUUGUGGCGCGAAAAGAGAAUGGCCAAGUGAAAACGCGGUACACCACCGAACAGCUGACAGAUAAGCAGGAUGAGCUGUGCCCGAAGGGUGAACGUGACGCCUUCGACACGCUGUUCGACUACGGACCCGACAAGUUGGCGCACGUGAAGGGGUCGCUGCUGGCCUUCUGCAACAAGCAUCUCAACAAGAUCAACCUGGAGGUGAACAACAUCGAGACCCAGUUUCAAGACGGCGUCUUCCUGGUGCUGCUCAUGGGGCUGUUGGAGGGCUAUUUUGUGCCUCCGCACCAUUUCCACCUCCAGGUGUCCACGCACGAGGAAAAGAUGAAAAACGUCCAAUUUGCAUACCAGCUGAUGGACCAGGUCGGCAUCAAGCCGAAAUCCAGGGUGGCUGACAUUGCUAACGGUGACGUGAAGUCGACGCUUCGCCUUCUCCACCUGCUCUUCACCAAGUAUAAGCACGAACUCGGUCCGGAUGCCGAGCGCUUAGAAGAAGAACUUGAGCACAUUGUACAAUCGCUAGAGCCCCAAACUACACAACGUUCCCGACUCCGAGACGUCGGAUCCCAC